AUGUCACGUAAGCAACACGGUGCUUUCCGAGGGCUGCUUGUCUGUAAUUACGGCAGUUUGGCCCGACAAACAUUUGAUUUCUACUAUAUAAGCAUUUUUGAGAGCGAACAACUGGUUUCUUAUCACCACACCAUUAAACCCGUGGAAGGUGACAGCUUCUUGGGCAGGUUGGUCGGAUCCGACCCACUGAAUGGGCUGGUUUGUUUCUUUGUCCGGGAGCGGUCCUUCUUGCACAAUAUCGCCACACGAGAGAUCCUACCUCUUCCUGAUUCUUCCAAGGAUUAUGUUUUGGGUAGCAGAUCAUUGCUUUUGAUUUUUGUGCUGAAAGAUUUCCCAGCACCAGAUCAGCUGCGGGCUUCGUCAUUGUUGCCCUAUGCACCUUGUCUGUCGUUUUCACUUAAUGGAAGUAAUGGCCAGAGAAUCGUUUCUUAUGAAGACAAUGUUAUAGGCGACAGCGGCUUAACAGCGGUACCAUCAACUGAUCUUCAAUUUGAAUUUCCUAGACACGAAAAGAUUGUUAUCUUAGGCAUUCUUCCUGAAGGAAAGGUGUUGAUGGGAGACUUGGAGUUGGAUUCGGAUUUCCCUGGGAAGCUUUUUCUCUAUGUUUAUGAUCCCUCCAAGAGGGAAAGAGAGACACUGGUAAUUCCAAAGCCCGCGAAAUUGAUCAAGAUGAAAAGUGGGUGCCUAGCUCUUUGGUACUUCAGGGAAGAACGUUUUAUUUUGAAGAGAACUUCAUUUCACUGA